AACGAAAAAAAGAGUUGUAUUCUCUAGAUUGGUGAACAUAUAAAAUGAAUUAAUCACCGUGACCCAAUAAUCUUCUUCCAAAAACGUUAUAAAAGGGGUUGUACCACUACCACAUAUGACAUACCUAAACACUCUUGACUCAUUGUCCAAUUGUUGACUCACUGCAAGUGCAAGAGCAAGAGCAGCCGGUUCUUGUCGCUACUGUACUUGUUCAGUGCUUGUGUUUUUGUCUAGAACCUCUGCAUCAAUGGCUGCAGCUUUAAGGAGCUUGUUGAAGAAAAGAUUUGUUGCAUACAAUGGUUCUAUGACUAUGAUGCAGAGGACACUCUCGUCCCAAGCUGUUUUUGAUUCUUCCCCUUUUGUUCAGAGAAUCAGAGAUCUCCCAAAGGAUCUUCCAGGAAACAAUAUCAAAAAAGAAGCUUCUCAACUCAUUGGCCGAACUCCUCUUGUAUAUCUUAACAAAGUCACUGAAGGCUGUGGAGCUUAUAUUGCUGUCAAGCAAGAAAUGAUGCAACCUACUGCUAGCAUCAAAGACAGAGCAGCACAUGCCAUGAUUGUGGAUGCUGAAAAGAAAAACUUAAUUACCCCUGGGAAGACAACUCUGAUAGAGCCCACAUCAGGAAAUAUGGGGAUCAGUAUGGCAUUUAUCUCAGCCCUUAAAGGAUACAAAGCAGUUAUAACCAUGCCCUCUUACACAAGCUUGGAGAGGAGGGUAACUAUGAGAGCAUUUGGAGCUGAUUUAAUUCUCACUGAUCCCACCAAGGGGAUGGGGGGAACAGUUAAGAAGGCAUAUGAUCUUUUGGAAUCUACACCAAAUGCUUUCAUGCUCCAGCAAUUUUCAAAUCCUGCCAACACCUUGGUGCAUUUUGAAACUACAGGUCCUGAGAUAUGGGAAGAUACAAAUGGACAAGUUGACAUUUUUGUCAUGGGAAUUGGUAGUGGAGGCACUGUCUCUGGGGUCGGACAGUACCUUAAAUCCCAAAAUCCUAAUGUAAAGAUAUAUGGAGUAGAACCUGCAGAAAGUAACGUAUUGAAUGGUGGUAAACCAGGUCCUCAUCAGAUUACUGGCAAUGGGGUUGGGUUCAAACCAGAUAUUUUGGACAUGGAUGUGAUGGAAAAAGUUCUUGAGGUUAGUAGCGAAGAUGCAAUAAAUAUGGCCAGGGAAUUAGCAUUGAAGGAGGGACUUAUGGUAGGAAUAUCAUCUGGAGCCAAUACAAUUGCAGCACUCAGACUCGCUAAUAUGCCAGAGAACAAGGGCAAACUUAUUGUGACUGUUCAUCCAAGUUUUGGGGAGCGAUACUUGUCAUCUGUCCUGUUUGAAGAGCUGAGGAAAGAAGCUGAAAACAUGCAACCAGUUUCAGUUGACUAAAGCUUUUGAUUGGCUUGCUCUACAAAAAUGGAAAGCUCUCUUGUGGAACUACAAUACUACAUGCAGCAAUGUAUUUUCUUUUUAGUUUUUGGUAGUGGGCUAGAACUAUGUGUUGUUGUAACAUAAUAAACAACUGAGGUUGAUAUCA